GAAGUCAGACAUAUAUCAUCGGUGAAGUUCAGAUCCUCCAAGAUUUUUGUGCGGGUCUAUUUUAUGCCUGUCUCCUCGUUUUUCGCCACUGUCUGUCGCAUAAUCCAGUCUACCACAAUCAAGAGAAUCAUUGGAUAUAGUAGUAGUUAGCCAGCUUGUCUUAUUCUCGUCUUCACUUCGAAGGAUUCCGUGAGUUUCUUGUUGUGGAUUACUUUGUAUGCAGCAUUAUCGUACACCUGUUAGAUGAGAUGUAUAAUUAUUGGCGGCCCCUCGUAGUAGCGAAGUAGUUUCUAAGUCACCUCUAAAUCGACGCUGUCUGCUGAAAGACUUUUCAAAGUCAAUGAAAUUGAGGUGGAGAGCUGACUGUCAUCCCAAACUCGACAAAAUUAGGCGGAUUAAACUAUUCUCUUGGCUUCAAAUUUCAGAACACCAUAUAGCAAGUAGGUUUCACUGAGUUUUUCUCUCAAAUUACUGCCAUUAAACAGCUAUGGACAUUAAUUCAACUAUAUAAACGCAGAAAUAAGGGGAUUAAAAUAGACAUGAUAGCAACACUAGACAGCUUAGGUUGUGGACGCUUUACUAGUUUUAUUACUCUUUUGGAGAAAUAAUACUUCAGAUAAAACUUAUAAGGAAGUCAGAAUCUCUGCCUAAAAAUACUGGAGGUUAGAGUGCAAAUUCAAUGAAAUGGGACAGAGUUCAGGAAAUGUACAACACUGACUGGUAUAUCGGUCAUUUAAUGAAUGUUCAGUCAGAACAUCACUGAACAACUUCAAAGUCCGAGCCUAGAAUAAUUACACCGUCAUCAAAAUGUAUGUCUUAUCAAUGACACCUUUAUUUUUGAUACAAUUCUCAAAUGACUUGGAAAAAUACCUUUAGAGAUUGCUUUUGAAAAAUCGAAAUGUCCUGACAGUACUAUCGGGGAAUGAUGAUUUACAAAAAAAGAAUUAAGGACUAUAGGAAUUUUCCUGUUAAACGGAAAGUUAUUUAUUGUUAUACUGGGUUAGUUUGAUUUUAAAGACAUUCCAUGAUUAGAAUUUUUUUUCAGAAAGCAUGCCUUUUACUCAAUGUCACCUUCAUAUGAUUUUUGUUUUGGUUGUUAUUUUAGAUAUCUACAAUUCCUGGUGAGAAAUAUGCUGCUAAAAAUGGAAUUCUUUAUGAAUAAUUUCUGAGCUAUAUUCAUUCAGUAUUGAUUACUACUUCUAUGGCUGUUUAUAUUGAUCGAAAUAUAUUUUAUACUAAAGAUGAAUCUUAUGAAAAUGAUGAGUUUCAAGAUAUUUCACAUGAAAAAAUUGAUUAUGCGUACAACAGACAUGUUGACAACUACUUUAAGGAUUAUGAUGACGAUGAAGCUGACCAAGUUUGCUCAGACGGAAGGUUUUUUGUAACGGAUAAAGACUUUUGUAAAGGAUCACAAGAAUGGUCAAACGGUGAUUUGUUUUAUGGGGAUUUUCUAAAUGGAAAGCGGAAUGCAUGGGGUUGUUAUCAGUGGGACAAUGGAGAAGGAUUUUUCUCAGAAGAUCAACGUUAUGGUCCUGGUGUUUUGAUUACAAGCAGAACAACGAUAUCAGCUCCAGUUGAAAUUGAUGUUGGCUAUUGGAAAAAUGAUCGAUUAAUACGCUUACGAAAAUCCGUGCUAUCAAAGAAACAAAGUGGAAAAUUUCAAUUCUCAGAACAAUUUCCUCAAUAUAAUUUUUAUAAAUUAGUUAAUUUAGAAUUAAUGUUUAAAAAUUUUCAAUAUCAAAAGUCUGUGAAAAGGGAUUAUCCGCUGUUGAAUAGUGAACACGUUUAUAAUUAUGAUGAGAAACUUAUCCGUGAGACAAAUGAGUCAAUUUUGAACAGUUACGAUAAGAAUUCUUCAAAGGAUUUAUUGAUAGAGAUUAUACAGAAUAUAUUAAAACACAGUAAUUUACCUACAAAAUUUCAAGUAUGGAAUAUGAAGAGUCCAUUAUUUGAAAAGUUUAUCGCUGACCAGAGUUUUGAACAUUUAAUCCGUUGUUUACCUACAUUUAUUGACUCAUCUAUAGUAAAGUUCAAUGGUUUAAAGAAUAUAUUACAAAUUUUAAAAUCUACCAAUUCCCAACAAAAUGAUAAUUUAAAUUCCAGUGAAAAUGAGGAUUUACUUUAUUCAAUGAAUAAGAAAAGAUGCGAUCAAGAAAAAGAUUCAAAAAGGAAUAAAAAUUUAAAAAAUAAUCUAAUUAUAAAUCCAUUAUUUGAUACAAUAAAACAAACUCACUAUGAGAAUAAUUUCAAACAGGAUUCUUUAUUCGAUUCACAAUUUCAGCAAAAUCAGACAGUCUGUCUAGUGAAUAUGCGUGCACAAAUAACAAAAACUGCACAUUUACAAGAAUUUCUACGCAGUACAAUAGUAAAUCUACCAUGGCAUCACUUAACCAGCUCAUCAACAGAUGAAACUGAUCACAUCAUAAGUAACAAGGUGAAUAACAUUCAAGGGACCAGUGAACACAAUUCAUCAUUAGUCAAUACAUUUUACAUUGAAAAUUGGUCAACUAUAUGGAAUAAAUUAUCUAAAAAAUCAUUGAUGAAAAAGUCUAAUACGCAUCAUAAACUAAAAACGAAACAUGAAAGCAGCACACAGCCUUUAUCAACUGGAAGAUAUGAAACAUUGGCAAUUCAAUUUAUACAAUAUUGUUUUAAUGGUCAAUUUGAUAAAGUUAAAAAUUUAUUACAAAUUGAAAAUCAAGUGAAUAAAAGUCAAUUUUGUGUUGAUCCAAAUGUUGCUGAUAGUCAAGGACAAUUUGGAUUGCUUGGUGCUGUGUUGACAUGGAAUAUGAAGUUGGUGAAUUUAUUGUUAGACUUUGGUGCAAAUAUCAAUCAGUUAACCGAUGAUGGUUUAACUGUCUUUACAAUCUGCCUAUUGAAAUAUUAUGAGUUAUUCGAUGAGAUUAUACAACUGGAUAAAACUACUACUACUACUAAUAAUAAAGAGACACAAAGUGAACAGUCCAGUCAGCAUACCAGCCAAUCUGACAGUAGACGACAGCAUAUUUUGUUUAUUAUUACAAAGACAUUACAAGAUGAUAAUGAGCAGCAUGACACUGACAGUAAGGAUGAUGGUGAUGCCGAUGACAUUGGUGAUGAUGAUGAUGAUGCAGAUGAUCCAGAUGACGAUAAGGCGAAGAAGUUGAAAAUGCAGAAGCACAAGCAAACGAAUAGUGAAACAGAAGUGCAAAAUUCAAAAGCAUCUCCUAUUGGUCGUAAUUAUGUUUAUCGUGUUGAAUUGCCUAUACUUUUAUCGACCACUUCUUCAGAAAGCAUGAUCUCAUUACGUCGAGCAGCAAGAUUAUCACAGAUACGUAGAAUGCAUUUAACUAAAAUAAGAUUAUCACGUCGUUCUUUAAUGAUAAAGUCAAGUGAAACAAGAAAGUCUAUGCAAAUUACAUCAAAUAUAGAUCCACCUGUACAAGCUAAAAAUGAUUCGAUCAGUUUGAGUGAAACAACAACAUUGCCAAGUUUUCAACGUUUUACAAAUUGUUUAACUCGUUUUCAUACUGAAAUUGAUAACAGGCUGAAAUCAGCCACACAAUUAGAUUUGAAGCCAGUGAAUUAUUCUCAUUUGUCAAAAAUUAACACAUACACGUCAGAUCGUAAGAGUAGACCACAGACUAUGUCAUUAGAUCGUAGAAAUAAACAGACAUUGAUCGACGUAGCUUCUAAAGAUGUUUUAAUCAAUAAAAACUACAGAAUAACAUCACCAGUGUUGAGAAGGUCAGCAGCCUACGAAUUAUCAAAAAAUCCCUACUUUUUAGCUUCGCAUACAACUUGUAUUGAUUCAAAUAUUGACGAUAAUACUGCUAGUAAGCUGGAAGAAGGAAAUGUGGGAGGAGAAGAAAUGAAGAAAGCAUCGAGUGAUGAACAAACAGAUGGAGGACAUACUAUCAGGGAAAGUUCACUGGAUCAACAGGCUAUACUUUUAGCCAAACAGAAACAAAUGAUGGAUAUUAUCGAUUUAUUGUUGAAACGUGGUGCAAAUCCAAAUACUGGAAUUCGACCAUUACCAGCCUUAUUUCUAGCUGUACAAGCUGGUGAUCCUGAUAUGGUUCGUAAAUUGAUACAACACGGAGCUGACACGAAUAUAUGCCUGCGUGUGGAUAAUCCUCUUAAAUCAGACAGUCCUAUUUCACAGGGGAUUUGUAUUGAUGAAGAUGAAGCUCCGUUAACGCCAAGUUUAGAUGGUUUGACUGUUCUACACUAUGCAGUACUUGUGCCCGAUGAAAUGGGUGUACAUCUAACUGAGAUUCUACUUCAAGAUGGUAAAGCUGAUCCGAAUAAACAGGCAACACUGGAUGACAGUUUUAAAUUAAAACAUCAAUACAAUGCUGGGAUACAAUCAGGCAGUUCAAGUGGGAUGAAUUCAGAGAGGACAACACCGAUUGAGAAGAAAAUCCAUGAAGGCAGAACACCAUUGCAUUUAGUUUGUUCACGAGAAUAUGACCAACUGAAUUCAGCUAUCAUUGCAAAGUGCCUUCUGAACUAUGGAGCUGAUCCAAACUUAUUAUGCAAUGGUCACUCAGCACUGAGUAUUGCAAUUGCAACUGGUAAUGAUCCUUGUAUCAAUGUUUUAAUUAAUCAUCCGAAUACAAAUAUUAACCAGGCAUUAGAAUGUGGCUUUGGAUCUGCUUUAUGUGUUGCAUGCUCAAGUUUAUUUGAAUUUAGGCGAUCUGUUGAUGCACGUCUAGAAUUAAUCAAACGCUUGAUAAACAGAGGUGGUGUUCAGUGUUUCAAUAGAUUUACUUUAUUAAAACCAAAAGAAACUUUGGGCAAUGUGAUUGAUUUCACAUAUAUGGACUAUGCAAAAGAUUUACGAAUCACUAAAACACCAUAUCAUGCAUUGAAUGAAAUUGAAAAAGAGACUUAUAAUGGUCGUAUACAAAUUUUAGCUUACUUAGCUGAUCGUUUAAGACGUUACGCCUAUUCACUGGAUACAUUGGGUGAUGGUUAUGAUGGUGAUGGCGAUGGUGACGAUAAGGCUGUUCAACAGAUAAAUACUGGAACACGUGAAAAUCAAGCUAAACUAUCCUUUCCGAAACGUUCUCAACAAUCUCCAACUUAUCUAAGACAAAAAAGUUGUAUUUCCUACUCUUUCUGUUAUGAAUGCGGACGAUCAGCUGGUAUACGUUUGGUGUUAUGUUCACGCUGUCGAAGAGUGUAUUUCUGUUCAAAAGUGUGUAAAUUAAAAUCAUGGACAACAAGGCAUAAAAAUGAAUGUUAUCUAUCUCCAGAACUUCAAGCAGAACGGGAUCGACGAAGUCCUACAAGGGUGUUACCAAAACUUGGAGGAAAUAAACAAGAAAAGGAUGAACAAAUAGCUCAACAAAAGGCAAAACAACAAUAUUUAAGUGACUGGGAUUUAUCUAAGCAUUUAACAUGUUGUUCAAGCAGUGGUGAAUUAAUUGGCAUUAUUUACCAUCCAAGUUAUCGUUACAGAUACGCAUUGAAUCAUUAUUUAAAAAUCAACGACAGUAGUCAUAUCAUUGUUGGUACCUAUAACGGUGAAGGGAAUUACAGUCUCAUUUAAUUAUCCUUUUUGAUUUUGUGACAUUCAUAUUUUACUGGUCUUCCUCCAAGUGAAAUUUUUUUUUACUAGGUGUGAAAAUGUUACUGAAAUGAGAUGCAUUGGAACAUUUGUGUGUUAUUAUUUUCUUAUAACUCUGAAUAAAUAAACUAAUAAAAUCA